AUUGAUUUUGCAACUGACGACACAAAAUAGUUGAACUUUGACCCUAAACACUGACGUAGCACGGAAAGCACCGGUCGGCCGGGGACAACAUCAUCACCAUAAAUUCUGCAGCGCGCUUAGAAAGGAUCGUCACGAGUAGUGGGAGCGGUUUUCUCGUGAUCCCACCCCUUAGAUCAUCCCCAGAACAAUCACAGAACUGUUUCGAAUCAUUUUCAGCUGUGAAUAAUGGCAGAAAUGGACGUGGAAAAGCGCGGGAACGCCAUCGACGAGAUGUUGAAGAAGAAACGCGAUCAGAACCCCCUCCCUGAACCUGAAACCUUGGAUGAUCUGGUGCAGGGGUUGAAGAUUAUCUUCCAGGACAACGAGAUUAGCGUGGAGGAGGUGAACGAGUACAUGUCCAAGUACAAGAGCAAUCCGAGAGAGUGGUACAAGUACGCCAAGUUCGACCAUCACAGAUACACCCGUAACCUGGUGGACCAGGGCAAUGGCAAGUUCAACCUCAUCGUCCUGUGCUGGGGAGAAGGCCAGGGAAGUGGGAUCCACAGCCACUCAGACUCACACUGCUUCAUGAAGGUACUGGACGGCCAGCUGGACGAGACCAUGUACUCGUGGCCGUCCGACUCCGAGGAUGAACGGGAGCUCCAGAAAACAGAGACGCACUCGUACGGAAAGGACAGCGUGGCAUACAUCAAUGACUCCAUGGGCCUGCACCGUGUUGAGAACACCAGUCACACCAACACUGCUGUCAGCCUCCACCUCUACUCCCCACCCUUUGACAUGGUGGAGUGUUUCGACCAGCGCACCGGACACAGGAAGAAAGUCCGCGUCACCUUCUACAGCAAGUUUGGCCAGCGGACGCCCUUCCCUGAUCAAGGACCAACAGAGCAACCUGAUGUAGCUAGGACGGGAUGCACAUCUGUCGAGACCCUGGAGCCAGAAAACAACUAGAUAUCACUUUUGGGAGCUGGGCAGAAAAACUGUCAUUUGAGCAUUUUAACGUAAUGCUAUCGCUGUCGCCGCCAUGUUGGUCUGUCAUUUGCAUAUUAAUGAACCAUAGCUCAAGUGCUUUUGCAUACAUUUAAGAUCAUCAGACCCUCUGAAAUAGCCAUAUCUACAGCUUAUGAGGAAGACUUAUUGAAUGCAAAUAAAGAACACCAACAUGGCAGUCAGCAAAUAUGCCUGCUUCAUUCAUAUGGAGAAUGAGUCAACAUGGGUCUGUAGGAAAUCAUACUAAAAUUUCCUUUUUAUGGAAAGAAUACAAACAAUAAAGUACUAUUUGAGUUGUAGAAAUGGGUGGAUUUCGGUUGGAAUUUUAAAUGGAUGAACAAAAGUUCAGACUUUGAAAAAAGUCAUAUGUUGUCUGGGAUAUUUAAGUUCUUUGUAAAAAGCUUUGUGUUGCUCCAAAUGUGCUUAAAGGGAAGCUUAAAGCUUGAAAAAUAUCUAUACAAGAGAUGCUUUAAGCAGAUGAUUUAAGAGUUCUAUACGCAGUGUUCUGUUAUUUAAGUUGCCAGUGUGAAUUUAGAGUGUAUAUACCAUACUAACAUUUAGUACUUAAUCCUGACAAUGUUGGAUACUUAUUGCAGUAGCCUUGUUUCAAGUUUUGUAGGCAUCAGACUACUCCGUUGUGUUCUUAAACAUUUGUAAUAAAAAGUAAGCAAAAUCUGUUAAAUGUCCUCAAUAUUUGGGAGCAAUUCAAAUAAUAGUAAAAAUUCUCUAAGUUGUCUCUAUCUUGAUGAACCAUUGCGAAAAAGUGUAAUGCUUAUUGCCAGAAUAUGAAGCAUUAGCUGAUGAAAUACCUGCUUUUGGAAAAUGGUAAAGUCUGGGAAAUAUUUUCUCAGCAGUAUAAAACUUUGCAAAUUCGUUUAAACAUAACGUUAUCUCAUGGUUUCGAUUAGUCAUCCUAGUAAGCUAACUGGGGCGCGCAGGGUGAGGAGAGGAUAUCACAUCGGAACCCUGGUAAGCUAAAUUGGUUGACACACAGGUUAGGUUUUGAUAGCAAAAAUAACAAAAUCACACUGCCCCUCACACAAGUAGGUCAUAAUAUCUUUCGUUUCCUGCAAUUAUAAAGCCAAUGUCUCUAUCUCCCACUCUAGUUUAAAACAUGUCAAAAGGAUAAAUUGUGCUAGUGGGUACUAGUGGUGACUCUUUGCUAAACAUAUCACAGUCAUCAAAAGUCUUCCACAAUUCUAUGUUACAAAACUAUUAUUAUUCUUGUAUUUCUGUAUUCUUGUGUUUCUGUGUCCCAUUCUCAGUGAUAGGAGACUUUCAGGCAAAGAGAAAUGAAACUUGACUCCAUGGUGAAUUUUAGAUUUAAUGACUGAAGAUCACAAAUUCAGCCCCAUGUUGUUUGAUAGUGUGACACUGUCUGUACAGAUUAUCCAUGGAUUAUUCUCUAAGAAAAUGUUAAGGGCUUGGUUUGGAGUUUUUUUAGAUGUUUUUAUGCUGCAUUUAUUUUGUCAGAUUUUCUUUUUGUUUGACAGCCAAACUGGCAAAAAGAAAUCCUGACAAAAUAGAAAGCCCAUUAAAAACGCUUAAACCAGCCAAAGCCUAACCUCUGCUUGGAGAGUAAUCCAUGUCUACAACAUACAAUGCAGAUAUAUCUUAAGCUGUAAAAUGGUCGUACAUUGUUCUAGCAAAAUUAAAGGUGUUUCAAAAAAAUUAACCUAGCAAAGCCAUGCUAGAACACAUCUUUCCGAGUUUUUGCUGCUAGUGGUGUAGAUAUAUCAUUAUUAGCUGUAGGAGAUAGAUUGUAGAACAAUGCUGCAUUAUUGAAUACCUUAAGGUGCAGUGAUGCGAGAGUGUAUGUGAGGUCUGUAUUGGCCUUUUUUUCAUACGCGCAAUACGCAUCUCGUACGACACAGGCAUAGGCAGAGUACGACCCAGUAUGUGUACCUAAAGAUGUGUACGAGGUGUGUGCGACUGGGUCUGCCAAAAUGCCAAUACAGAGAUACCAACUUGAUAUUCAUGCUCGUGUAAAGCCAUUAUUUUUGACUGGAUGCACUGUAUACACAGUAUAUGGAGCAGUAAAGUUGCAAAGUGGAUUCUGACAUUGUGAUGAGUUUCUUUUCUUUGUGAUUACAUUGACUUUGAGAACAAUAUACUGAAAAUCAUGAAA